AUGGACAAAGUGCGAUACAAGUCUGUCAUGUUUCUCCAGUCAGCGUUUCAUUGGUGGGCGAAAAGAUUCGUUCUUCGUUUCCCAAUACUCAAUAUUCUAUUCUCCGUCGCUUGGACUGCUACUCUUCUAGCAGGAUUCAAAGAUAUCGAAUUCACAACAGAUCCGAUUCGAUUGUGGGCCUCGCCAGAAAGCAGAAGCUUCAAGGAGUACACAAAAUACAAUGAGUAUUUCAACCCUUUUUAUAGGGCUUCAAUGAUGAUCGCAAGAUUGAGGCCGGAAUAUGCAAAAAUGAAUGGGGGCGACUUUCAAUACUCUUCUCCUCAGGGAACAUUCACAAUCGACAAUUCAUUAAAACGAGAAUACUGGGAUGAACUGUACGACCUUCAGAUGCGUCUCAAGAAUCUCAAUGCUUCGUAUGAGUUUGACGGAGAAAAACGUUAUGUUACCUGGGAUCAAACCUGUCUCAAUCCUUUGGCGAAAGAAGAAAAUGGCUGCUCCUUGUUUUCGCCGUUCAAUUACUUUCAAAACGACCGAGAUUUGAUUUGGAAAGACGAUUGGUAUUUCGUAAAAGUCGAUCAAACUCGAGAGGAAACGAGUUAUUUGGAUCACUUGAUUUACUGCGCCAGAUCUCCGUCAAGUCUCGGAAACAAGUUCUUGGUGAAUAUCGAAGAUGACUUUGUCAAUGGACUUCCCUGCGCAGGAGAUUUUGGCUCACCAAUUUUCCCCUAUCUUGCUUUUGGUGGAUACGAAGAUGACGAUUACUGGAAUGGCGAAGCAAUGAUUUUCAACUUCAUCAAUUCGAAUGUCGAGGACAAGGAUUCGGAAGAAUUUGCGCGAGUUAUGGCUUGGGAAGCGGAAUUUAUCGAUAUUAUGACAGAAGAAGCGCCGAAAUUGAAAUACUACGAUGUUGCGUAUUUCUGCGAAAGAUCUAUCGAAGAUGAGAUUGACAAGACAGCUGAAGAAGAUGUGGGCAUCUUCAUCAUCGCGUAUGUUGUCAUUUUCUUGUACAUCACUAUCGCUCUUGGAAAAUAUUCGAGCAUCAGGCGAGUUCCAAUCGACAUGAAAGUCUCUCUCGCUGUUUCUGGCAUCAUCGUCAUCCUCGCCUCCGCAUUCGCAGCUACUGGAAUCUUUGGCUGGCUCGGCGUUGCGUCAAAUUUGAUUGUUGUUGAAGUCGUUCCUUUCCUUCUCCUAGCCAUUGGCGCGGAUAAUGUGUUCAUUCUCGUCAUGGAUAUUCAGCGAGAAAAGAGAAGAGAUGGAGAAAGCUUGGACGAUUUGAUCGCUCGGGUAUUUUCAAGAGCUGGACCGAGUAUGCUUCUCUGCGCGAUAACAGAAUCAACGGUGUUUUUCAUGGGGUCUGUGAUUGAUAUGCCAGCGAUAAAGGUUUUUGCAUUGAAUGCCGGAAUCGCCAUCCUCUUCAACUUUAUCCUACAAAUCACCGCCUUCCUCGCCAUCGUCAAGCUUGACCUAUCCCGUCAAAACGGAAAUCGAUGGGACAUCAUCUGCUGUUACAAGUCCCGCUCUGAUAAAGAUGCGGUCAACGAAAACAAAGAAUCAGUCAUCGACAAGUUCUUCAGAAAUUACUUCACGCCGGUUUUGAUGCAUGAUUUGGUCGGUUUUGUGGUCAUUUGCGCGUUUUCAGCGAUGUUUGGUUACAGUUUAUACAGUAUUUCAACAGCUGUGGUUGGAUUGAAUCAAAAUCUCUCCGUUCCUCUCAACUCUUACGUCGCCAAGUAUUUCGACUUCAUGGAGACGUAUCUUAUGGUCGGCGUCCCUGUAUAUUUUGUUCUCGAGGGAAAAUACCCAUUUCACAAGGAAGAGUUUUCAAAUCUGAUCUGCGGAACAUCUGGCUGCGAUUUGUUUUCUCUUUCUGAGCAGAUUUCAAGAGCUUCUCUACAACCUGAAAAGUCAAAAAUCGCUACCCAAGCAACAAUCUGGGUUGACGACUACAAAGAUUGGCUCAAACCCUCUUCCUCUUGCUGCCGAACUGAAAACUGUAACUAUCGAAUCGACCCCGAUGAUCCGGAGUACAAUCAAAAGUGCGAUUUCUGCCCAGCCAACGUCGACGCUCCUGCUUUCCCAAUUUUCGAAAAUUCCUGUCUCGACUGCCAACGAGGCAUUUUGUCGCCAGAAAAAGCUGAAGAAAGCUUCAAAACAUAUCUUGAUUACUUUUUGCUAGAUAAACCAAACGAAUUCUGCUCAAAAGGUGGAUAUGCGUCCUACAGUGCAGCUGUUAACUACACGAUGGCGGAUGAAGUCGUCUAUGAUUCCAUCGCAGCAUCAGCUUACAUGGCUUAUCAUCCUGUCUGUGUUGAUUCCGUUGACUGUCAGGCAAAUCUCGAGAUGGGACGAGAAUUAGCGCAUAACAUCACUUUGACGAUUCGAGAAAAAGUUGCCACCAUCAACAACCAGUCAGGUCUCGUUCUUGGGGAUGAAGACUACGUCGACCCUGAAUCCAUCUCUGUCUGGACUUAUGCCAUCUACUACCCUUACUACGAACAGUACAUCACUCUUGGUGGAGAUGCUUUGAUUCAACUUGGUAUUUGUCUCAUCCCAGUUUUUGUCUUCACAUUCAUUCUGCUUGGAUUCGACGUUGUUUCCGGACUGAUAGUUUUGGUUACUGUUGACCUGAUUUCCGCUGCAGGCCUUUCCGUUGAAUUCUGUGGACAUACAGUCAGAACAUUUGCCUUGACAACAGAAGGAACAAGAAAAGACCGAACAAUCCAGACGAUGUCUGUCAUGGGCCCUAGUGUCCUUCUCGGUGUCGCUCUGACAAAUUUGCCUGGAAUCGUGUGCCUAAACUGGGCCAGUGCUCAGCUGAUCGAAAUUUUCUUCUUCAGGAUGAAUUUUGUCAUGACUUUGCUUGGCAUUGCUCAUGGAUUGAUUCUCCUGCCGGUUAUUCUCGCCUAUUUCGGCCCAAAUCCGAACAAAGCAAAAAUAUACGAAGAACAGCAAGAAGCUAUCGCCGAGCUUGGAAGAACUCGAUCAGAAACGAAAACGGACAAAAAGACCGACUCGAUCAAAAUGAAGCCAUCCUCCAAAAUCGACCCGGCGGAGCCAUCUGCGCCAGGAUACGCUGAUUUGGAAGAAUCUGCUUUCUGA